AUGAUGAUGAUAACAAUGUUAUGUAUCAUUUUAUGCAUAAUUGCGCCAAUAUUUAACGCUAAUGUUUAUCGGACUACGAAUGACACUGAGAUUGUUCCGCUUAACAUAACAUCAGAUGAUUUCAAAAUCAAUUCGAGCACUUCAGCUCCUACUUUAUUGGAAAAAAUAAAUGAUGUUAUCGAACAAAGUAUUUUUCUUUGUAUGAAUUCAACGGAACUAUUUCUUAGAUGUUGCAGUUGUUCAAAUAUCGAUGAUAUUGAUGAUAGUGAUGAUAGCAGUGACAAAUUUUACUUUUACCCAUAG